AAUCUCUCUCGACCAGUUUGAAGAUUAGUUGGUUAGUAUUUAAAAUAAAAUCGACCUAAUGAAUUAAUGUCUGACUGAACUGUAUUUGUGGUCGAUAGACCUUCUCUUGAUAGUUCUGACCGAGUGUUGAUGUAUUAAAUUCAUUAUUUUCAUGUGCUAAGAAUUAUUUCAUUUAUUUUCAAAAACCGAAAUCAUUGAAACUCAAAACUCCAUACCAACUGUUCACAUCGAAAGAUAGGAAACGUUACUGAAAAAAAUGACGUACCAUAUAUCGACCUGUCUUUAACCUAACUAGUCAACAAAUUUACAUCUACCUUGAAUUGCUGGCAAAUAUAUAGUCCGUGUAACAACAACACACAUCACGUGCCUCAACCAAACCAAGCUCCAAUAGUAUAAUUAGUAUUACAGAGACACACACACCAUUUCUCGAUAUAAUCCCAACACCCACAUCACAACUCUCAGACAAGUUUUACUAUUCCCAAAUCAACCAAAAACGAUGGAUUCUGAGAUCGCCGUCGACUGCUCUCCGUUGCUCAAGAUCUACAAGAGUGGCCGCAUCGAGCGUCUCAUGGGCGAAACCACCGUCCCAGCCUCUUUAACCCCACAAAACGGCGUCGUUUCCAAGGACGUCGUUUAUUCUCCCGACGACAAUCUCUCCGUCCGCAUGUACCUCCCGGUGAAAGCCGCGGAGACCGGUGAGAAACUCCCCCUCCUCGUCUACUUCCACGGCGGAGGAUUCAUCAUCGAAACCGCUUUCUCGCCGACGUACCACACUUUCCUCACGGCGGCUGUCUCUGCUUCCGACUGCGUAGCCGUGUCCGUGGAUUACAGGCGUGCACCUGAGCAUCCCAUUCCGAUCUCUUUCGAUGACUCGUGGACAUGUCUCAAAUGGGUAUUCACCCACAUCGCCGGAUCUGGCUCGGAGAGUUGGUUGAACAAACACGUCGACUUCAGCAAACUGUUCCUCGCCGGAGACAGCGCCGGCGCGACCAUCGCUCAUCACAUGGCGAUGAGAGCUGCGAAGGAGAAUCUCAGUCCCGAGUUAAGCGACUCAGGAAUCUCCGGGAUCAUCCUGGUGCAUCCUUACUUUUGGUCGAAAACACCAAUCGAUGACAAGGAGACCAAAGAUGAAACGUUGAGGUCCAAGAUCGAAGCGUUUUGGAUGAUGGCUGCUACUCCAAACAACAAAGACGGAGUCGAUGAUCCGUUGAUCAACGUGGUUCAGUCAGAGGCGGUGGAUAUCUCCGGGUUGGGUUGCGGUAAAGUGUUGGUGAUGGUGGCUGAGAAAGACGCCUUGGCCAGGCAAGGUUGGGGGUACGCGGCGAAGCUUGAGAAGAGUGAGUGGAAAGGGAAAGUGGAGUUGGUGGAGAGUGAAGGAGAAGACCAUGUUUUUCAUUUGAUGAGACCUGAUUGUGAGAAAGCUCUCGAGGCUAUGAAGAUAUUCGCAGGCUUUCUUAAGGGACAGAUGAAGAUAUAGUUUGGUCUCUCUCAGUUUCUGCAAUGUUAUAGUGAUUUUAUCAUAUUUGCACGAAUAAUACAAGAGACAUUAAUAAUACCAUAUGCACAUGACAAGAGCAACAAGUGAUACAUUAUUUGUGCUAUGUUACAAACUUACAAUCAUGAUGAGAGGAAACUGAUAGUUUGACACAAGUUUUA